AUGUCUACGAUAUCUUUGAAUGAGCAUUGCUGGGUAGAUGGAAUAUAUUGUAAAGAAUUAGAUUUCGAAUUCGACGUAGAGAUAACCGAAAAAGAUAAACUGAAAAAUUUAUAUGAUCCCUUUUUCACAUCAGACACUCGAUAUUCAGUUUCUAUGUUAUUACUCUUCGAUCAACUCAGUCUUCGUUUAACAGAUGAUGUAGUUAAACUUUUGCAGAACUGGUAUCCAACCAAAAAAGUUAAUGUGUGGGGUGGUAUGUUACAUCAGAUAUCAAUUUGUGAUAGUAAUACUACUAUACGUCCGUGUCAAGACAACAUGAAUUUCAUUUCUAUUUUACUGAGUGGUAGGAAUAUGGAAUCUUGGUAUUUGGCUUUAGGGCCAUACCAUAAGAAUAAUAACAGGAUUUCAUAUAGAUUUAAAAUCUUCUCCUUGGGUGUACAAUUGAGAAAACACUCGGUUGCUUUUAUGUUUACUUCUGAUAGUCGAGGUGAAAAAUUUUAUUACUAUGAAGCAAGUGUAUUUGAAAAAUACUUUCCGAAAAUUCCAUUAGUUAAAAUUUGUGGUAUGUCUGCAAUUGGAGGAGAAAACCUAAGUGGUUAG